AUGUUCUCCACUGGAGGAGGAGGAGGUGGUGGAGCACGUGGCGGUGGACGAGGUGCCAUUGGGGAUGAUGGGAUCCUGCAAACUCGCGCUGUCAUAUAUGAAAUGGCGAAAUCAUUUUCAGUUCUGCAGGCAAUUGAAUCCAAAUUCUUCCAGUAA